AUGACCCCCAUCACCCCCAUGUGGUGGUACAAGGAGGUCCCUGUCCAGCCACAGGCCUUUGUCGACGCCUCACGGUCCAUUAUCCAUACCGUCCCUCGUCGCCAGACCAUCCCCACAUACCCCCACACGCCCAAGGACGACCCACGCCACUUUCAGAACCAAGGCGGUGUCUUUACCCCUUCCCACCAGCCCGAAAAGUCGGUCGUUUGGAGAACACGCGAGAACGCGACUAUUCUCGAGCUGGUCUCUCUCUCUGGAAAUGAAAACACCCCGACGCGCCAGAUUUCCUUCCAGUUCCAUGCACCCAUCGUGGCAGGGAUCCACUUUGCACCAUUGACGCAGCAAGGCGGGAUAUCGAUCGCGCUAUUGACCACCGACAGUAUCCUUUACCGCCUCCAUCUUACCGCCCUGAGUCAUUUCCUCGACCUCAACACUCCCCCUGGAUAUUCAACAUGCGCCCAAAUCAAAUGGACCAACGCUGGCGAGCCUUUGCUAUUCCGCUAUCUGGGAAGCAGACACGCUGCCAUUGCAUCCUCAAACGGGACACUCUACCUUAUCAAGACGGCAUUGUUAUCGGAUGACAUGCAUCGCCACGAACAUGCUGAUAUCAACGUCUACGAUCUCCACGACGACUCGCACCGCAGGAUCCAACAUGCCUCGACACUCCACACACUCUACAACAAAUUUCAAUCAACCCUUGAACGUAACAUCUCAGUUCCUGCUGGGUUCCCAGAGGCCAAGACACAAAUGGAUAUCGUGGCAAUGGAGGCGCACGCGGCCAAGGACGACACUUUCCUCUUUGUGUUGUAUCUGGAUAGAAUCAUCCGUGUUUGGUCGGUGGGCCGUCGUCAAUGCCUGCAAGUUAUAAGAACACCAACUUCGAUCAACGAUGCCGGCUAUGUUCAAGAGACCAUCGACUCUUCCCUCAAAUCUCACCUCAGAGUCUUGUUCAACCCGGCUACGCCUGGGAUCAUUCGACUCCUGGCUUAUAUCCCAUCUGACACCGAUUCUCAGCUCUCGAUCUAUACAGCUCAAAUUGAUCCAGUCGGAAGUAUGGAGUUCGUACCGGGUUCUCUCAGCACCCUUCACUCGGAAUCAGCAGCAGGACCAGGAGGCAACAACUUGAACUUGAUCUCUUUGGAGGUUCUCUUGAAUGAGAGCCGAACCGGUUACACUGUUUGGGGUCUAUGGCAAGGCGACAUGAGGAUAUCGGUCAGGUACAUGGACAUCUAUGAUCCAGUGAUUGAGCGGGGGCAGUUCGAGGCGAUUGCUCAGAGGGAGCUCUUGGACGGUCGAUGGUGGUCGGUGGCGAUGCAGGCGCCUCUAAGCGGCUUUAUUAAGUCAAUGAGCUCUUUUGUGGACUCUGACGAGGAUUAUUCGGCAUUCUUUGCUGAUUACACCUUUGCCUCUGGACGGUUCUCGGACAGGACGAUCUUACUUGCUCUGCACUCCAUAUUCAAGGACCGCACCUUCACCCUCGACUCUGAUAUCCAGCAACAGAUCAAGGCCGCACUCACAGUCAAAACACCCGGCGAGAGAUCACAGGCCGUGCAGGACAAGGACCGAGAAGACGAGAUCAUGGCAUGGACAAAAUUCAUCUCGACGUGUGCUAAGAUCGACCAUGAGGCAUCAGCACCCUUAGGACUCUCCAUCUCACCGAGCACAGGGUACAUGGUUGUGGUUAAGCAGGACACCAUGAGCUUUUUGAGCGCGUGCGAUGACUCGGAAGUGCUGUAUCACACUUUCCAGGACAAGCAAUUCGAGGUCUCCCAGUUUAUUUCAACACCGCCUUCGCAGCUCAGGAGUACUUACACCAAGCUGCAGGAUCUCAGCCUCCGUCAGGAUAUUGCCAAAGUCUUCAUGGCGAUGGAGGUAUUGACACGGAACUUCAAUGCCAAGUCGUCCAAGAACGUCGAGAAGACCAUCGCCCAACUGUCGGCCACCAAUGGACCUCGGAACUUUAUCGACAUCUUUGGCCAGGAGUACUUGCCUCACUAUAUUUCCAAGACAGAGAUGAACCGGGCACGGAACUUCGUCAGCUCGUGCAACUCUCAUCAGGCAGUUUUCCAGUUUUUGGUCCAGCAGCUUCUGGACAACGUGGACGUGAUUCCUUCAGGAAUGGUGUCACGCCGGUGCAUCCUUCCCUUUGAGGCCCUAGUCUCUGCCAGUCUUCAACAACUUGCUGCCCAUCGAUAUGGAAUCGCCCAGCAAUUUUUGAUUUUGAUUACCGUUCUCAUGAGCGCUUCACCGUCCUCUCGCAGCUGGAUUCAGGACGAAACUCAGCUCAUCUCCGACUCUCUGAGAGCCACGCAAUCCUUGCUGGUGCUCAAGUGGGUCUCUGGUCAGGCUCUUGCAACGGCGCCUUCGGCAUUUUCGGGAUUGGAGAGUCGGCUCUCCCAGAUGAAUGUGAGGGAGUCAUCACGUGUCUCCAGCCCAACAACGGCACGCCAAAGUCUAACAGGAACCUUGAUGAGGACAAUCUCUUAUAGACAGGGCAAUUACGGACAGGUUGAAUUGCCACUUCACCUGGCCAUCCCUCGGGCCGUAUCCAAGCUUAUAUAUCACCUCGAACUGUUGAACAGAGACGGCGGCGGUGACGACGGAAGCCGACACUUUGCAGGAUUGGCACAGAGGCUUUCAGGACUGAAGGAGAUGGAGUUGUUGACAAGAUUUCUGGAGAUUGUGCCGACAACCUCCUCGUUAUCUUACUACCGCGGCAAGGUUCUUCUACACCAAGGCAAUGCAGCAGGCGCAUUGAGGCAUUUUUUAGCCGUAACAGCCAGCUUUGGCAACGACAUCAAUAACGUCGAGCAGGAGCUCGAUAUUAUGCAGCUUGACUAUAACACUCGAGUUCAUCAAGGACAGGCCAGACUUGAGGACUACUACGCCCACGUCAUUGACCUUUUAGCAGAGCACAGUGCUCACGAGCAAGUUAUGACCGUGGCGAGACUGUCUGUGCUUGAUCUUUUGAAGAACCCUAAUGUCCAAGUAUCCGAGACCCAGCUUCGCGUUCCUUUAAAGCGCCUGUUUGCAUCAGCAUUGGCGCUUGGGUUGUAUGACCGAGCAUACCAAACCAUGAUGCAAAUAACAAACGAGGCAGUGCGGAAGCAACAAUUAAAGGAGUUGGUUUCGGCUAUGUGCCAGAAGGGGGAUGGAGCACAGCUGAGUUUAUUCCCCUUUCCUGGUUUGCAAGAGGAUGUCGAGCGUAUGUUGGUUUCAAAGGCACAACAAACGCCGGUUCUCUCCUUGCCCAACUACUACCGAGUCCUCUUUGCGUACCAUACCUACCGUGGAGAUUACAAGAAAGCUUCUACACAUAUGUAUGAGUACGCAAGAAGACUGAUGAGCUCUUCUCAUCACGCCGAUUCGGCAAAGUUGCUCCUUGCUGAGGCAUCGGAGACGUACUUGGCAGCCAUUAACACCCUCCACCUGUCAGGCCCUGACUCUGCAUGGGUGACUAUUCCAAGUACCGGAUAUGGUCCAGACGAAGUUUCCAAGAGGAGACGCCUUACCACUCUCUCGACUGCGUCUGCCAGUCGCCCUGUUGGUUUGUCUAACCAAGAGCAGGCCGAGAAACCCAAUAAGGUGGAGGUUGUGACAUUGUCCGAUAUGAAGAGAGAGUACGCUUUAGUUUCGGCCAAACUCCAACUCGUUCGAGAGAUCCCUACGCACGUAGCGGCAGUUGCGUUUGCACUUACCCCUCGAGAGACACAGGCCAUGCUGCUGCGUCGUGGUUACCAGGACAUGGCCGCUUCAUUGGGACUGCUGUAUCAACUCGAUCUGGAUAUUGUGUUCAUCAGCCUUGUCGACUGUUACCUUGCAGCGUUGUCUUCAGAGCAAACAACACAAUCCGCUGCAGCCCUGGUCAUCCUGCAAAAGUAUUUGGAGAAACAUGACGACCCUGAAAGCAACUAUAAGCAUCGCCUCGAGGUGGUUGCAAGAAUCCUACAAAGAAACCCAGACUUUGACCUGCAGCCUUGGUUGACUCAGCACUACUUGACCCAUAAUCCGGAGGACUUGAUUCGCCUGUAUUUGAAGUUCAAUGUCCUGGAUGCAGCUGCCAAGUUUUCGUCGACGGUGAUUCAAACUGCAUUGAACAAGGAGGAGGUGGUCUCUCGCCAUUCAAAUGCUCGUUGGCUGCCAUACACGCUUCUGGACGAGAUCUUUGCGCUGCUAACUGAGCAGAUUCGCGAGGGCGAGGAGCAAGUUCAGGACGGGAUAGAGGAGAGUCGCUUGAAGGAGCUAAAAGGACUGAAGAUGCAGUUGGAUAAGGAUAUUAGGCUGUACAUGGAGAAUGUCGAGCGCGAAUCGAUCUUUGGAGGCAAGCGACAGUAG